GAUGCCAAAAGUGGCCAUAUCUCGCGCUACCGUAAUCGUUUCUCACAUGGACCUGUUCGCGGACCCGUCGAAAGUGACGGACUUGCUUCACUUGUUAGCGAGCGACAUUUUCGUCUUUCGGCAAGCCGACGUCCACACGGCGGCGAUUCGAUGGAGAGUGUAAAACGGAACACUAUUUCAGACGAAAAUGGUGCAUAG